AUGGUCAGAGGAGCCCGGCAGCCCCAGCAGCCGCGGAGUCGCCUGGCCCCCAGACUGACUGGCACAGUGGAGAAACCACCUCGAAAACGGAAAAGCAGGACUGAAUUUGUGCUUAAAGAAAUCAUGUCUUCUGGAGGUGCUGAAGAUGAUAUCCCACAGGGAGAGAGGAAAACAGUUACAGAUUUUUGUUACCUUCUAGAUAAGUCUAAGCAACUGUUCAAUGGAUUAAGAGAUUUGCCACAAUAUGGGCAGAAGCAGUGGCAGUCCUAUUUUGGAAGAACUUUCGAUGUUUACACCAAACUCUGGAAGUUCCAGCAGCAGCAUCGACAAGUCUUGGAUAAUCGGUAUGGCUUGAAGCGGUGGCAAAUAGGGGAAAUUGCUUCUAAGAUUGGGCAGCUAUACUACCAUUAUUACCUACGCACAUCUGAGACCAGCUAUCUGAAUGAAGCUUUCUCCUUCUAUUCUGCAAUUAGACAGAGAUCAUAUUAUUCUCAAGUCAAUAAAGAGGACAGACCUGAGUUGGUUGUUAAGAAGCUACGAUACUACGCAAGGUUUAUUGUAGUUUGUCUUCUGCUCAACAAAAUGGAUGUUGUGAAGGAUUUGGUGAAGGAAUUGUCAGAUGAAAUUGAAGACUAUACUCACCGCUUUAAUACAGAAGAUCAAGUGGAGUGGAACCUGGUGCUUCAAGAAGUAGCAGCUUUCAUUGAGGCGGACCCAGUGAUGGUACUGAAUGAUGACAAUACCAUUGUUAUCACAUCUAAUCGCCUCGCUGAAACAGGAGCCCCGUUGCUGGAACAGGGCAUGAUUGUGGGACAGUUGUCUCUGGCUGACGCACUCAUUAUUGGUAAUUGCAAUAACCAGGUUAAGUUUAGUGAACUAACUGUGGACAUGUUCCGGAUGUUACAAGCCUUGGAAAGGGAGCCGAUGAACUUAGCCUCCCAGAUGAAUAAACCAGGAAUGCAGGAAUCGGCUGAUAAGCCUACCAGACGAGAAAACCCCCACAAGUAUCUGCUCUACAAACCAACCUUCAGUCAACUAUACACAUUCUUAGCAGCAUCUUUUAAGGAGCUGCCCGCCAAUAGUGUGCUUCUGAUUUACCUGUCAGCCACUGGCGUCUUCCCCACAGGUCGUGCUGAUAGUGAAGGUCCUUAUGAUUUUGGAGGGGUACUUACUAAUAGUAACCGAGAUAUUAUAAAUGGAGAUGCCAUCCACAAACGAAAUCAGUCCCACAAGGAAAUGCACUGCCUUCAUCCCGGAGACCUCUACCCUUUCACGAGGAAGCCCCUGUUUAUUAUUGUGGAUUCGUCCAACAGUGUCGCAUACAAGAAUUUCACAAACUUAUUUGGACAGCCACUAGUCUGCUUGCUUUCUCCUACAGCAUAUCCAAAAGCUUUACAAGAUCAAUCUCAACGAGGUAGCCUCUUCACUCUCUUUUUGAACAAUCCUCUAAUGGCCUUCCUAUUUGUCUCUGGAUUGUCAAGCAUGCGCAGAGGCCUAUGGGAAAAGUGUCAAGAAUAUCUUCGAAAAAUCAACCGUGAUAUUGCCCAGCUACUGACCCAUUCACGUUCAAUAGAUCAAGCAUUUCUCCAGUUUUUUGGAGAUGAGUUUCUUCGCUUGCUUCUCACAAGAUUUAUCUUUUGUUCAGCCACCAUGAGGAUGCACAAGAUUUUUCGGGAAACACGAAACUAUCCAGAAUCAUAUCCACAACUGCCAAGGGAUGAAACAGUGGAGAACCCUCAUCUCCAGAAGCACAUUCUGGAAUUAGCAUCCAUUCUGGAUGUUCGAAACGUGUUCCUCGAGAGUACCAUAGAUGACUAUUAAAACAAAAUCCUCUUGUUGAAACAAUUUUUCAUUUGCCACAGAUUUUACAUGGUGCAGUUUUCUAAUGUGAUGACCAAGACACAUAGUGGUGUUACUUAGUUUUAAUUUUUUAAUUUAAGGCCACCAUUUUAAAAACAAACUGAAAAAAUUGUUCAAACUUUUAGGGUAACUGUUUUAAAAUACAGUCUUUCAAGUCUUUUAAAAAACUCAAUUAAUCUUGGAAUUUUUACUUUUUGGUUUUGAGGUAUGGCUACUUACCUCCAGCAUCUGUCCCUACACACAAAUAGUCACUGUUCUCACCCUCAGAAGAGUAAAUCAUUUAUUUUUAUAUAAUGAGGAAAAUCCAGCUCUUAUACUUGGACCUUAAAUGUGUGGAUUUAAAAAAAAAUGUGUGGAUUUAGAAAAUUUAUCAUUGUUCACAAAGAUGAAACUAGCCAGCAUGGACUAUUAAAAAUCAAGAACAGGCUUUCCAUAAUAUUUCUUUUCAUUCCAGCUUAGUAGGUAGACAAAUGUGUGAUCCUUUGAAGCAUAAUCAAGACAUUUUUUAAAAUCAUUUAACUCAUUAAAUACUGUCAUAAUUUCAGAAAAUGUAUAGGAUUGGUUUGCAUUUGAAAGUUAAAUCUUUAAUUGAAGUCUUAAGAUGAUAAAUACCACUUGGAAUGUGUGAGCCCUGUGUUAUCAUGAGAUAUGCUGGCAUAAUUUGCUUUCUUUAUAAUCUGAAUGCUGGAAAUGAAAAAAAAAAGACUUUUAAGUAUUUCGGUCAAAAAAUCAGAUUGUUGCUUUCAUAAUACAAUGUUUCCACAAGGAAUUCUAUUUAAACUCUUAAUUCAUGAUACCAAGUUUGAAGACUAUCCAGCUUGAAGGCUGUGGCAUAUAGUACAGAGGUUAUCAUCUUUUUGUCUAGUUCACGUUUAUGAGAUGUCAAAGUCAGAGAUGUUAUUAAUUUUAGUCAGGGGUAACUGAAUUGUUAUUUAACCUAAAAUGGAAGUAACUUUUACAUUGACAAUUUGGAAAUAAGAUUUUUUUUAACUCCUUAUAUUUAA